CAUGGCACAGGCGCGGUCGCGCUGCCGCUGCGGCCGCGGGAGGAGGAGGAGGAGGAGGAGGAGGAGAGGGGGGGCACGGGAGGAGGAAGAUGCCGGGGAAGCUGAAGGUCAAGAUCGUGGCGGGGCGCCAUUUGCCGGUGAUGGACCGCGCCAGCGACCUGACCGACGCCUUCGUGGAGGUGAAAUUUGGAAAUACAACAUUUAAGACAGACGUGUAUCCCAAAUCGCUUAAUCCGCAGUGGAAUUCUGAGUGGUUCAAAUUUGAAGUGGAUGAUGAGGAGCUGCAGGAUGAGCCUCUCCAGAUCACAGUUCUGGAUCACGAUACGUACAGUGCCAACGAUGCCAUUGGCAAGGUGUACAUAGACAUCGAUCCCCUGCUCUACAGCGAGGCAGCCACGGUUAUUUCAGGGUGGUUUCCAAUUUAUGACACCAUUCAUGGUAUACGUGGGGAGAUCAACGUGGUGGUGAAAGUAGAUCUCUUCAAUGAUUUAAACAGAUUUAGGCAGUCAUCCUGUGGAGUCAAGUUUUUUUGCACCACGUCCAUCCCCAAGUGCUACCGGGCUGUGGUGAUCCACGGCUUCGUGGAGGAGCUGGUGGUGAACGAGGACCCCGAGUACCAGUGGAUCGACCGCAUCCGCACGCCCCGUGCCUCCAACGAGGCUCGCCAGCGGCUCAUCUCGCUCAUGUCAGGUGAAUUGCAAAGGAAGAUUGGCUUGAAGGUGCUUGAAAUGAGAGGAAAUGCUGUUGUUGGUUAUUUGCAGUGUUUUGAUUUGGAGGGAGAGUCUGGACUCGUGGUGAGAGCCAUAGGAACAGCCUGCACGUUGGAUAAAUUAAGUAACACAUCAGCAUUUUUACCUGCAUGUAACUCCCCAUCCAAAGAAAUGAAGGAGAUUCCUUUCAAUGAAGAUCCCAAUCCCAAUACAUAUUCAUCAGGACCCUCCACCCCUCUGAAAAACCAAACCUAUUCCUUUUCACCUUCCAAGUCCUACAGUCGACAGUCCUCUUCUUCUGACACAGAUUUGAGUUUGACACCCAAAACUGCACCUUCCCCACAGGGACCUAGGAUUUUCCUGUUUCCCAGCUCCCCUACACUCUCUUGUGGUUCCCCACAUCUUAAAAAGUCCUGUCUCCUCCUCUCGGGGUCUAGCAUUAAACCUCUGCACUCUAGCCAUGUCAGCCCAGUUGUUCUGAGGAAAAGUGUUUCUUUCACUGAAGAGCUGCUUCUGGCUGCUUCUGGAAUGGGCAGUGGGAGUGCUGGAAAAGAAGGGGGGCCAUUUAAAACUCUUUUAAGACAACAGACUCAGUCAGCUCUGGAACAAAGGGAGUUCCCCUUUUUCACCCUGACCACCUUCCCGCCAGGCUUCCUGGUCCACGUCGGGGGCGUUGUCAGCGCGCGCUCCGUCAAGCUCCUGGACCGCAUCCACAAUCCCGCCUUUGUCGGAAUUAUGGGUAACACAAGAUCAUACAAACUGCUAGACUGGAAUAGUUUCAAUUCAGAUGAACCAGAGACACGAGAUGCCUGGUGGGCAGAAAUCAGACAAGAAAUAAAAUCCCAUGCCAAGGCAUUGGGUUGUCAUGCUGUAGUGGGCUACAGUGAAUCAACCAGCAUUUGUGAAGAGGUCUGUAUUUUGUCCGCAUCUGGCACAGCAGCUGUACUGAACCCUAGGUUCCUUCAGGAUGGCACCAUGGAAGGCUGUUUGGAACAAAGGUUGUCAUGGCAGCCUGGCUUCUUUUCCAUAGGGUCAGAGAAGGGAGAGGUUGAUUUUUUUCCUCAGAGCCAAGAUAGUUCUUCUCUAUUAGGGAUUGAAGAAGCUUCACCACCAGGUUGUGGAUUUUGCCAUAUCCCAUAUGAUGAAUUGAACAUGCCUUUUCCUGCUCACCUCACUUACUGUUACAACUGCAGGAAGCAAAAAGUUCCUGAUGUCCUUUUCACCACAAUUGACCUUCCUGUAGAGGCAAUAGUUGUUGGGAAGGGAUGUCUUAUUCAAGCCAGGUUGUGCCGUCUGAAGAAGAAAGCUCAGGCUGAAGCAAAUGCAACCUCCAUCAGUAACCUCCUGCCCUUCAUGGAGUAUGAAGUGCACACACAGCUGAUGAACAAACUCAAGCUGAGGGGAAUGAAUGCCCUCUUUGGGCUGAGAAUUCAGAUCACUGUGGGGGAAAAUAUGCUGAUGGGCUUGGCAUCUGCAACAGGUGUGUAUUUAGCAGCUUUGCCAACACCCGGAGGUAUUCAGAUUGCUGGGAAGACUCCAAAUGAUGGCACCUAUGAGCAGCACAUAUCCCAUAUGCAAAAGAAAAUAAAUGACACAAUAGCAAAGAACAAGGAACUUUAUGAGAUUAAUCCUCCAGAGUUACCUGAAGAAAUUAUUGGGUCUCCCAUUCCAGAGCCAAGACAACGAUCCAGGCUACUGAGAUCUCAGUCAGAAAGCUCUGAUGAAGUUACAGAGCUUGACCUUUCACAUGGGAAGAAGGAUGCUUUUGUCUUGGAGAUUGAUGACACAGAUGCAAUGGAAGAUGUACAUUCUUUACUGACAGAUGUUCCACCACCUUCUGGUUUCUACAGUUGCAACACAGAAAUUAUGCCUGGUAUAAAUAACUGGACACCAGAAAUUCAAAUGUUCACAGCAGUUAGAGUGUCCAGAUUAAGCAACAUUAACCCAACAAAUCAAACUCUCAAUAAGAACUUUAAUGAUCUCUGUGAGAAUCUGUUGAAGAGUUUGUAUUUCAAACUGCGGUCCAUGGUUCCCUGCUGUCUUUGCCAUGUGAACUUCACAGUGGCUCUGCCAGAGGAUGAACUGGUUCAGAUUGCAGUCACAGCUGUUGCCAUUACAUAUGACAAAAACCAAGCACUACAAGCCAACAAAGCACCUACAGAAAAAACACAGCAAAGAGCAUCUACAGACAAUGAGGAACAGCUCCAAUUUCCCUUGGAACUUUGCUCUGAUGCCCUUUCUUCUCAACCAUUCUCUCCAGCUAAAGAAGUCCUGGAGGGUGCAAGUUCCCACACAGGUAUUCCUGCUGCUCAGAGAGCAACGUCAGUUGAUUACAGUUCCUUUGCAGACAGAUGCAACAGCUGGAUAGAGCUGAUUAAACUGAAAGCUCAGACCAUAAGGCGCGGAUCAAUUAAGACAACUACUUCCCUUGAAAAAGCAAGUCCGUUGGCUGAGGGAUACCUGCGGCACCGUUCUGCCCCGUCGUGCGCCAACUCCACCGUCUCAGUUGUUAAGAUGACACCUCUUUCCUUUCUCCCUGGGGCGAAAAUAACCAAAUACCUUGGGAUAAUCAACAUGUUUUUUAUACGAGAAACCACUUCUUUGCGUGAGGAGGGUGGUGUCAGUGGUUUCCUGCACGCCUUCAUUGCUGAAGUGUUUGCCAUGGUGAGAGCCCACGUUGCAGCUCUGGGAGGGAAUGCAGUUGUGUCGUACAUAAUGAAGCAGUGUGUUUUCAUGGAGAACCCAAACAAAAACCAGGCGCAGUGUCUGAUCAAUGUCAGUGGGGAUGCUGUCAUCUUCGUCCGCGAGUCGGAGCUGGAGGUGCUGCCGGCGCAGCCCCCGGCAGCCGCUGCUCAGCCCACGGGCUCUGCUGGGGACGUCACGACGUGAAGGCUCGGCACCUGGAGUGGUCUCUGCUCAAUAUCAAGGUUAUUUAAAACGUGGGAAUGUUUAGGUUUGCAUCUUCAAAGUCACUGUCUCUCCAUGGCAUUCACAGCCCAACUCCAGGACAAUCGCUCUUUUUUGUUGCCACAUGGCUUAGGUAGGUCAGAGCAGUGAGCUGGCAGCUGUGCUCUGGUUCUCUGUUCCUGUUCCUGGCCUCUGUGAAGGCAGGCAGCAGGUGAAGCACUCACAGGAGAACUUGGAUUACAAUAGCAGGCAUCUCAUGGAACUGUGGAAGGAAGGAAAAAUUCUGUUCCAUUUCUGAGCUGUUCAGGGGGACCCUGAUCAGUUGUCAUUCAGAACCAUUUCUGAGCUGGAGUGUUGUCUGGCUCAGCUCAGCUCAGGGUGGGAGGGAGGUGCCUGAGAAGUCUGGGUUGGAAAUCUUUGAAGAAGGGAGAGAUUUGUGUGCAGGCCAGGGAAACAUGGGCUGGACUCUGAAAUUCCUUUACAUCACAGAGUGUGGAGAGAAAAAAGCAGUACCAAAAAGUUACAGUUUUAAUUUCUGCUCAGUGAAAGUAUUUUUUCUUAUUUUGUUGUUGUUUUUGUAUUUGGGAGCUGAGGGGUGUUGUUUGUUUUUUUUAUUGUUUUUUAAAAGCUGCCAGACCACAAUGCUGAGAUCCUGGGCAUCCCAGUGGUGGGACAAAAAACCCCAGAACACAACAAAAAGUUCCAGGGUGUGUCUGGUGCUGGUACCAGAUGUUCACUUCUGCAUUGACAAAGCAGGUCUUUUUGUUAUUUAAGACUUUGUGAAAGAAUCGUCCUGAGGUUCAUUUUCCUAAGGCAGGAUCUGUUUCAAGGAUGACAUAAACAAUCCCCCAAAAAUGAGUUGUGCAGAGGUUAUCCUGCAGCCUCCUUCCUGCUCGAAUGCCUGGCUAAUUGGAGACUGAUUUAUGCGUGUGACACUGGUUCCACUGGGGUUUUUUGUUCUUUUCCAGUGCUGUAGCUGGGAAAUAAGGGUACUGCAAAGACAGGAAAUUUGUCAUUUCCAGUAAAAGUCUGAAAGGUGAUGAUACUCUAUUGUAAAGAAAAACAAAACAAAAUAAAACAAAAAAACCUUUGAUUUGAAGAUGCAUUCUUGCUUAAUUCUGACAACACUGUACAUGGAACUUGAACAAAGAUGUAAACUUGAAUGUAAAUAUUCUGUUUAGUGUUGAAAUUAAGCAAUGGCAUGAUUAUUUGUUAAAAGUAAUUAUUUCAUUGUAAAUGAGCAUGAAAAUCAUUCUUGCACAAUAAAUAUCUUUAUAAAA